CGCAAUUACGGGCUUCAUAUUAAGAGUGCGUUUGAGAGUCUGUCCACCUUCACAGGGAAACAAGGCUCUCUUUGGGUGUGUGUGUGUGUGUAUGUGUGUGUGUGAGAGAGAGAGAGAGAGAGAGAGAGAGAGAGAGAGAGAGAGACUAUAGUGUCUAGCCUGAAGGUGAGGCGGUAACGUCCUGCCUCCGUGCCUCUAGUUGCAGCCGAGCCAGCUUUGCGCGCAUGCAGAACUUUACGCAUCUGGUCGUCAUCAGCAGCAGCGGCCACUCUUCCUGCGCAUAUGUGGCUCAAACAGAGUGGGAAGAGAACGUCUUCUUCUUGUUACAUGACCUCUUAGGGGGGGAAAAAGCUGUGUAAAAGUGGCUUUACCGCAGCAGGACGAACACAGGCUGAUCAUUCUCUUUUCUGACAUGCACUGCUGGAUGGAUUGGCUGUAAAGAGGUUUGGUGGGGGGAAAGAAGGCGAGGAGAAAACGAGCAAGAUCCUUUGAGAACUCCGUCGCUGAUCUGGAUGUGAACAGAUCCACCCUCUGCUCGGAAGUCCCGAGUUUCUAUCUGGCUGUUUUUCUAGAGGCGCUGCUUGUGCUUUUUGCAUGCACGGAUCUAUUUGGCUCACUUGUGCUUCUCGUUCUUUUUAUCGCUCUGUUUUUUCCGCUGGUCCCCAUUUGCGUCAUGACUUCUAGCUAUGCACAUGUAAUGGACAGGCAAGCUACGAUACCAAACCGCCUGGAGAGCCCGAUCACGUCUAACCUAGACAACCUGCAAGCCAAAAAGAACUUCUCGGUCAGCCAUCUGUUAGACCUGGAAGAGGCCGGGGAAAUGGUCGGUAGCCAGGCAGACGAGAGCGUCGGGGAGACGGGGAGGAAUAUGCUGGAGUCCCCCGGGCUGACUAGCGGGAGCGACACGACCCAGCAGGAAAAUGAACAGAUGAACACAGAGGAAAAGAAGAAGAGGAAACAGCGCAGGAACAGGACCACUUUCAACAGCAGCCAGCUCCAAGCUCUGGAGAGAGUGUUUGAGAGGACACACUACCCCGAUGCUUUCGUAAGAGAAGACCUGGCUCGCCGGGUCAACCUCACCGAGGCCAGAGUGCAGGUGUGGUUUCAGAACAGGAGAGCUAAAUUCCGCAGGAACGAGAGAGCUAUGCUGGCCAGCAAAAAUGCCUCACUCCUCAAAUCUUACUCAGGAGAUGUGACAGCAGUGGAGCAGCCAAUUGUGCCUCGCCCUGCACCCCGCCCCAAUGACUACCUGUCUUGGGGCAGCGCUGCCCCCUACAGUGCCAUGGCUACCUACCCACCCACCUGCUCCAACACCAAUACAUCCCAGGGCAUGAACAUGGCCAACAGCAUUGCCAACCUGAGGCUCAAAGCCAAGGAGUACAGCUUGAACCAGGUGCCCACGGUCAACUGAAAGAAUGAGACGCAAGGAGCUCCCAGAGGAUGAGAAAGAACCCUCUCUUCUGCAAGAGAAGGACACCAUCUCUGGGAUGAACAUCAUUCCACAUACCCUGGAUCAUGAAGUCUUUUCUCCUUUCUGGAGCAGCCGUGAUGGCGUACUACUAUCAAUGUACCAAUGUGCAAAUGUGCAAAAUGUUGAACACAGAGUGAUGGCAGGAUUUUUCCCAAGCCAACUUUUCUUUUUCUCCACAGCAUCACUGAAUUCUUGUUCAUACAAAAAGACAUCUAGACUGGAUGCUGUAGCCAAAUAUCUGCACAGUUUUGCAUUUGUGAUUGUGACUUAAACGGAGUGUUAGUUCCAGUCAGAGAACUUGCUUUUUUAUGGAGACUCAAAUGGACAACAUGGAAUCCUAUUUUUUCUGUAGUGUUGGAUAAAAUUACACACCAUAACUGGGAUCAACUCUUUUCUUUCUUUUAUGUCUUCGACAAAAUGACAAUGACUUCCUCUGACAUUUAUACAUUUUUAAAAAUUUUUUCACGUUUCUUUCCAUUUUAUACCACUGACAAGCAAAAUUUUUCAACGCAUUUUGAAUUUCAUGUAAUAGUCCAAUAUAAAGGAGAGGAUGAUGUAUUUCUGAAUCCAAACCCAGUAGAUAAUUUCCUAUGAUAUACUUUAUUUGUAACAGAAUAAAAACUUGUAUAUGAAUAAACAUGCGUUUCAAGCAAUAAAA